AUGACGAACGUGUACUCCUUGGAUGGGAUUCUGGUGUUUGGUUUGCUCUUUGUUUGCACCUGUGCUUACUUCAAGAAAGUACCUCGUCUCAAAACCUGGCUGCUCUCAGAGAAGAAGGGAGUUUGGGGUGUGUUUUACAAAGCCGCUGUGAUCGGAACCAGGCUGCAUGCUGCUGUGGCAAUCGCCUGUGUUGUAAUGGCCUUUUACGUCCUGUUUGUAAAAUGAAUUCCAAAACAUCCAUCUCAUCAGCUGCCAACCAAGAGGAUGAGGGUGAAGAAACUGUCCGGGGCCUGGGCCCAGCGUAAGAGAGCUCAGCUAAAAUCAUCAAAGUCCCCAAGAUGACACCACAGAAUCUACCCCUACCAUAUGUGGGGAAAAUUCCUCAUGGUUACAAACAUUAUUUAUGCUUUAGGGGACUCCAGAAGGCCAACUUCCUUUGCUCUGUGUGUGAAUCAGUCCUCAGCAGAGAGCAUAUAAUGUCCAGAUAAAUUAAUAUCCCACGGUGAUAAGAUUACAUACCUCCUACAUAAAAACCUGUCACCUAUUCUGUUCUUCAGCCCAUCAUCAGGAUCUUUUCAAACUGAGGCUCAUUAGGGAAGGACAUAGGCUGUAUUCACACCUCUUGGAAGGAGAAUUUUCAAGACUUGACUUUUUUUUUUCACUGUUUGAUUUGGAUUUGGCAAAUUGGUGGGGGCAGGGUGAGUGGGUGGGGUGGAGAGGGGAGGAACAGGAGUU